UCUUGCACCAAUCGAAACGGAGCAUAUAUCAAGGAUCUAACAAUUGUUGAGCCUGACCUUUCGAGAGUAUGUUUAAUUGACAAUUCGCCAAUUUCCUAUGCAAUGCACCAAGGUUGGAUCAGUGACCAACAUGACGAGGCACUGUUAGAUUUGUUACCUUUUCUUGAUGCGUUAAGGUUUACUGAGGAUGUGAG